AUGGAGAAGAAAGCUAUUCAUUUCGGUGGUGGUAACAUCGGCCGUGGUUUCGUCGCAGAGUUCCUCCACACGGCGGGCUAUGAGGUCGUCUUCGUUGAUGUGAUGGACAAUAUCAUCAACGCUCUCCAGAACAGCAAGACCUAUGAAGUCACUGAAGUCAGCAACGAGGGCGAGACCACCAAGACCAUCACCGACUACCGUGCAAUCAACUCCAAAACCCAUGAGAGCGAUGUCAUCCAGGAGAUCUCCACCGCAGAUAUCGUGACUUGCGCCGUGGGUCCUAAUAUCCUCAAGUUCAUCGCCCCCGUGAUUGCCAAGGGCAUUGAUGCCCGCACUGACGCCACGCCGCUGGCUGUCAUUGCAUGUGAGAACGCCAUCGGCGCCACCGAUACCCUGCACGGUUUCAUCAAGGACCACACCUCCCAAGACCGUCUGGACUCGUUGCCAGACCGAGCCCGCUUUGCCAACUCGGCGAUCGACCGUAUUGUCCCCGCCCAGGCUGCGGACAGUGGUCUCAACGUGCGCAUCGAGAAGUUCUACGAAUGGGUUGUGGAGUCGACGCCAUUCGGCGAGCAUGGCCACCCCGAAAUCGCCGCUAUCCACUGGGUGGACAACCUAGAGCCCUACAUUGAGCGCAAGCUGUUCACUGUCAACACCGGUCACGCCACUGCAGCCUACUAUGGUUACAAUGCCGGCAAGAAGACCAUUGCUGAAUCCCUUGAAGAUCCCCGCAUCCGCGACAUUGUCCGUAAUGUGCUUCAAGAGACUGCCUCCCUCAUCGUCGACAAGCAUGAAAUCAGCGCUGCCGCGCAGCAGGAGUACGUCGAAACCAUCAUCGCCCGAAUCUCAAACCGCCAUCUUGAGGACAGUGUCGAGCGUGUAGGGCGCGCCCCGAUGCGCAAAUUGUCCCGCAAGGAGCGAUUCAUCGGCCCGGCUGGGCAGCUGGCCGAGCGUGGAGGAAAGUUCGAGUCCCUCUUGGGCUCUGUCGAGAUGGCUCUGCGCUUCCAGAAUGUGGAAGGUGACGAGGAAAGUGUAGAACUGGCCCAGAUCCUCAAGGAGAACUCGCCUGCCGACGCUGCUGUCAGAUUGACCGGCUUGGACCGAGACCACCCUCUAUUCCCCCAUGUGGUCAAGGUCGUGGACGACGUACAAUCCGACGCAAAGUAG